AAAGUUCAUUAUCAUCACCAGAGGCGCGUCGUAGGGGUUAAUUUAGCGCCGAGCUGGGCAGCGUCAGGGCGCACACAGUGGACUAGUUGUGCCGAUCACUCCCGCAGAGGCGAUGCCCUUUUGUGGAGAGGUCUCUUGUCACAGAGGACAGACGGCAUUCACAAUCGGGACACAGGGACACAAAGAGAAGAACUGCAUUUUAAAAGGCUCCAUUCUUUCCCCGCUGCCGCUGGGUGUUGACUGUGGGUGUUUGAGAGGAUCUUUGUUGCCCGGAGAAAAGUAGAGAAGAAGAAUACGCGCCGUGAACGAGUUGGGGGGAAUUUUAUAGGGUUACUACAGUGCAGUCGAUGCUGUCAUCCACUCCACCUCUGUCUGCUUUCCCGGAGUUACUAGUCUUGUUUUGGAUGACGAGCGGCGCUUUUACGCAUUGUUUUACGCACUGAUUGUACGAGUGGCGACUGGACAGGACACUGUCAUGAUGAACUUUCUGUCCCCGGUUCCUGCGGGGUAGCAGUUUGGACUAAACUACCUUUUGAGAAGAAGUACUUUUGUGGUUAUCUCCCUAAAGGAUGCCAGUUGAUAACUACACAAACAUGGAGGAAAAAUUAUGGAUACUGGAGGACCUCAAUAUGAUGUACAUCCGUCAGAUUGCACUCAGUUUGCAGGACAGUGACAUUCAGAAGAAGAUUGACCAUGAGAUCCGGAUGCGCGACGGAGCCUGCAAACUGCUGGCCGCCUGCUCCCAGAGAGACCAGGCCUUGGAGGCAGCAAAGAGCCUGCAGACUUGCAGCACUCGCAUCAUGGCCUACAUGUCGGAGCUGCAGCGGAUGAAGGAAGCUCAGGUCAUGCAGAAGGUCACACGCAGAUCGUCGGACGCAGGGCCAAUGGACGACAGGCUCCCGUGCAAAGGGAAAGUGGCCAUCUCAGAUCUUCGGAUCCCUCUCAUGUGGAAAGACACAGAGUACUUCAAGAACAAAGGAGAGCUUCAUCGGUGCGCAGUGUUCUGCCUGCUGCAGCUGGGAGGAGAGAUCUUUGACACAGACAUGGUGAUAGUGGACCGGACACUCACCGAUAUUUGCUUUGACAACACCAUCGUAUUUAGCGAAGCCGGCCCAGGUUUCGAGCUGCGUGUGGAGCUGUAUAGCUGCUGCUCAGAGGACGACUACUCUGCAGGGAGCACGCCCAGGAAACUGGCCAGCAAGCUGAGCUCUUCACUCGGGCGAUCAGCGGGGAAGAAGCUCCGGGCCGCCAUGGAGCCUGGACCGUGUAGUCCUGUUAGCAACGGAGGGGCAGCCCCCCUCCUGCUGCCAGUUCCCUCUGUACCGGGCCCCAAGUACCACCUCUUAGCUCAUACCACCCUGUCGCUGUCACACGUCCAGGACAGUUUUCGCACGCAUGACCUCACCAUUUCAGGCAACGAAGAGUGUUCGUACUGGCUGCCGCUCUAUGGCAGCAUGUGCUGCCGCCUCGCAGCGCAGCCUCACUGUAUGACCCAACAGAUGAUGAGUGGAUGUUUGAAAGUUAAGGUAAGAUGGCAGCAGUGUGGCGGUGACCCCCAGAGCUGGACAAAAGUGUAUGCCGUUCUAAAAGGAACAAGCCUUUUUUGCUACCACCGGCAAGAAGACGUGGAGGCGAACAUCGAACCAGCUUUCACCAUUGGCAUCAACAAGGAUACCAGAAUACGUGCGUCAGAGAAAGACCCUCACAGUAAAGUUCAGAAUAUCUGUAUCAGUAAUCAGUAUGGAGGGGAGGAGGUCACGCACACGCUGACCACCGACAGCCGCGAGGACACACAUCGCUGGAUGGAGGCCUUUUGGCAACACUUCUAUGAUAUGAGCCAAUGGAAGCAAUGCUGUGAUGACUUAAUGAAAAUUGAACUUCCGUCACCAAGGAAACCGGCUCCUGUCACACCAAAACAGGGCUCUCUUUACCACGAAAUGGUUAUUGAGUCAUCUGACGACCUGAGCAGCACUGUGUCAGACAUCUUGGCUCGGAGGAUGCAGGAGCUGGAGCUCCGCAGCCAACUGGGCACCUCUCCUACCUGGAUGUCUGUGUUUGAGGAGAACAAUGCCAAAAGCGCUGGCCGCACUCGUCACUGUACUUCUCGCCUGUCUGGCCACAGCCCCUGCACCCCUCAUCGACUGCCCCGGAGUCCCGCCAGCCCUCACCGCUGCCCACAGCUGGGUCUGCUGUCCUCCGAUGCAAGUCUGACCUCCGACAGCGACAGCCACUGUAGCACCAGCCCCUGCUCUCAACACCAUGGCUGGCCCGAGCCUUCGUCAAGCUUCUCUCUCUUGUCAUCGUCCCCCUCCCGCCUGAGGCCUCGCACUCUUUCCCUGGAUGCUAAGCUCAGCACCCUUCGAGGGAGGGGAUACGGAGGAGGAGGGGCCUUCCAGUGUCCGUGCCAGCCUCCCCCCUCGUCGCUGCUUGCUCCUCUCCCCAUCUCCUCCCGUUCACCUCGGUCACAGCGCAGUACACAGACCACACUCUCCUGCUCCAGCUCCACCUCCAGCAACAGCUCCAGCAACAGCGAGGGCAGCCACAGCCCAGAGUCAUCUGAGGGAGUCCCCUUCUCCAGGCCCUCCCCAGCUCGACGCAGCCUCAGGAACCUCAGGGCUAGACUUGAUCCUCGCAACUGGCUCCAAAGUCAGGUGUGAACUUGUUUCCUGACAGAUGUUAGAUGCUUGCCCAAAGGCAACAAUGCUAUUAAACCGUGCUUUAACAGGCUUAACACAUGUGAACCAAACUCAGGCAAAUCUGCUAAGCUACAUGCACAGCCCCGAGGAGGAUGCCUCUAACCCACCUCCCGGUGGAGGACGGAUCAUGGAAGACCCUCCUGGGUCAAACUGGAAUGUUUUCUAACACAAAAGACAAGUGACAAUCACUGCAGGAAUCUGUGUAAGUUGCUGAGUUGCCACAAUUUUGAAGACUGUCUAAAACUAAAUGGGAGGUACUUUGCUUGCUUUGAGAAAUGAUGAUCAUGCUGCUUGGGAGAAAGUGAAGCUAAAGACUUGCUCGGAUACACACCACACUAAGCCUACUCUCUGUUAUUUGAGAUCUAAUUUUGAAACUGGAAAAGGUUUUAUUUUGUCCUCUGCAUCAGCCACUCAUAUCAUUUCAAGGUCAUCUCUGUUAAUGCACUAGCCGUAUUUUGACUGGACGUUUCCUGUUGUUAAGUUAGAAAGGUUUGCAGUGUUUAUGCUACGGAAGCCAGUGAGCAUGAGGCAAAAAAAUGAACAUGCAAGAAAAAGCAUAAGGUUUAAUCAGUCAUGAGUUUUCAAAUGUUAGAAACUGUUAUGUGUAGAGGGAAGGGUUGGUGUUUGUUGCCUGUACUGUGAUACCUGCUUCAGUGUACUUACCUGACUAUUCACAAAAUACAUGAUCUUGAUCUUUGUGGGUCUCCUAAAAUGACUAUGCACCAUUUUGCUUUUAUGCAUGAUUUGACUUACAGUUAAGAUGUUUAACUACUUGAGGUCAUUUCAGCAGUGAAUCUGGUGAAAGCUUAGCCUAAUGCAAGUGCUCAUACUUACUGUACUGGUUACGACUGUGAUCUCUUCAGGGUAAAUUUUUGUGCUCUGCUCUUUACUUUUACAUGUUUAUCUGCACACUAUUGACGGGCUGCUGUCAGAUCCAGAUAAUAGAUCCUCACAAACAUAGGAUAAAUCCUAAAUCAACUGAUAUUAACCAAAGUUUAAGUAUUAUUAAAAAUCAAAGCCAUACUUAGCAUUCUGCUAUACUGCUUCUCUGCAGUAUUGUAGGUUUUCAUUGUGUAGUGAUCCUAUAAGAAAAAAAAAAAAGUCCAAUAAAAUACAAAACAGCCACUAAUCCAAUAUUAUUAAAUACAGAAAGAAAUCCUGGAAUUGAUUUUGUAGUGGUUGCAUUCUGGAAAUAAUUCUAUUACAUGGAGUACUUAUGUGAAACUCUAGUUAAACAAAUUAAAUGAUUUAUUUACAUUGCUACUGUUGUUUUCUUCUUUUAAAUUAUGUUAUUUGUUGCCAUUUAUCCAACUCUAUGACAAGAUAACAGGAUCAGAUCUUAUAGGAGAACCAGUGUCCCCUGUCAGUGCAGUACAGCCUCUUUUUUUUCUGUCUUUGUUUAUUGUGGACUUUGGAAACAGUUGCCCUCUUGGAACUCAAGCAACCAUUUUUACUUAGAUAUGUCAGAUGCUUGAAAAAACAGCAUUUGUUACUGUAAAUUAAUUUUUAUAAGUUAACAAAUAAACCUCCUCUUUUUGUCUUUUGUUACAUUAUUGAUUUUGUUUAAAAAGAAAAAAAAUGCCGCUGUAUUGAUACCUGAUUAUCAUAAUGUUAACAGAUGAUGUGCAGAUCAUUAACUGUUACGAAUAUAGAUAACAUUGAAUGUUAUAACCUUGCAAGAGUUUUCCGUGUUAGCAGGCUUUGUGUUCUGCAUGUGCGCCAUCCUAGAAGGCGAACAGAAGAUGAGAAAUGUGGAAAUCUCAUGUUUAAAUAAUAUAACAUUAAUUAUAAUAAAUGUUUUAUCAAAUAACA